AUGCAAUCGAUUUCGACUCUUGCUAUUCUUGCACUUGCUUUGAGCUGUACAUUAGCUCUCGAUGUUACACUUAAUCAACAUUGGAAAUUAUGGAAAGAAACGAAUAAUAAACGUUAUUCCGAUGCUGAAGAACAUGUUCGUCGAGCUAUAUGGGAAAGCAAUUUAAAAGUAGUACGAGAUCACAAUCUUCAAGCUGAUCUUGGUGUCCAUACAUAUUGGCUUGGAAUGAACAAAUAUGCUGAUAUGACCAUCACUGAAUUUGUCAAAAUGAUGAACGGUUUCAAUGUUACGAUGAGUGGUCAACGUCCAGGUCGUACAGUAUUCACACGUCAUCCAGAUGUUAAAUUACCAGACACCGUCGAUUGGCGUGAUAAAGGUUAUGUUACUGGUGUAAAAGAUCAAGGUCAAUGUGGUUCAUGUUGGGCUUUUUCAGCAACCGGUGCUCUUGAAGGUCAACACUUCAAAGCUACCAGUACACUUGUUUCACUUUCAGAACAAAACUUAGUCGAUUGCUCAGGCAAACAAGGUAAUAUGGGUUGUAAUGGUGGUUUAAUGGAUCAAGCUUUCGAAUACAUCAAAGAAAAUGAUGGUAUCGAUACCGAAGAUUCAUAUCCAUAUGAAGCUAUUGAUAAUCAAUGCCGAUUCAAAUCAGCAAGUGUUGGUGCUACUGAUACUGGCUUCACUGAUAUUAAAUCAAAAGAUGAAAGUGCUCUUCAAGAAGCUGUUGCUAAUGUUGGUCCAAUUUCAGUUGCUAUCGAUGCUAGUCAUACAUCAUUUCAAUUAUACAAACACGGUGUUUACAACGAACCAUUCUGCUCACAAGUUCGUCUUGACCAUGGUGUCCUUGCUGUAGGCUAUGGUACAGACUCUAGCAAAGCUUAUUGGCUCGUUAAAAAUAGCUGGGGUGAAGGUUGGGGUGAUAGCGGUUACAUCAAAAUGAGCCGUAACAAACGCAAUCAAUGUGGUAUUGCUACAGCUGCUAGCUAUCCCACUGUUUAA